GAAUUUCGCAUGUAGAGUUUCACAUUCUGAGGUCAAAUUGGUGGUUCCACUUGAUUUUUCACCUCAAAGCAGUAGGUGGGCCUACUUUGGACAUGUCUUGGGGAACGUUGUGUUGUCAAUUACAGGAUGCUCAGUGGGUACCAUGGUAAUGUCCAACAGCAAUAUCAGCCUGACCAUGACACCUUUUCAAGGGACAGACUACAUUGUCACGGCUGUAUCACAACCAGCCAUGUUUGGGAAUCCCAUAGAGCGGCGCACAAUGGCCCAGCGUCGUCUGAGUUUUGCCGGUUGAAUGGUGACUGGGUGCCGCUCCUGUAUACUGCGUCCCUGCGCUGAAUGGCAUGUAAACAGUACAGAUCUAAUCCAGGGGAAAGGACCUGUCUUUCUCCUGCCUGUUCCAAACCCCUUAACUUACAACACCCUAAACACCCCAACAAUCCCCACUAGGACUCUUAUGAGGAGCCUGAUGCAUCUCCAGACUCAAUGUAUUUUUUGCCUCACAAACCGCAAACCAUUUCACACCCACCCAUUCCCCAACCCCUCUCACCAUCCAACCCCCUCUCCCAGUAGUACAACAUCGGAAGUUACCCGACACCCCAAAAAAUACCAGGGGUAAGGCUGUUGUUACCCCUUCCCCUCCCCAACCGCUCACAGCCACCAAGUCCCCAGCUAAGCCCCCGUUGCUUUCCCUUCAUCCACGACAAUCCCCAGUUACACAUGAUACCCACUCCACCCCCCCAUCAAGCCAGUUCCUUUCAAGUUCUCCCCUGAGUUUUCCCAUACCACCUCAGCCUGCUGAGACAUCACACAGUCAAAGCGUUGAGCAGUACCAAGAAUACAUGCAGGUGGAGCAUCAACCUGCGUUUGUGGCUUUAACAUAUGAUCCUACUGUUUCUGUCACUAAUCACCCCAGUUCUCCCCAGCAAGAGAAGCCUAACCAACACACCCAACCUCUCACUCAACCACCUACUCUCUCCUCCUCCUCCCUCAGUAUCAUCAGUCCCUCUAUGCAUCAACACCUGCAGAGGAAGCAUAUUGCCCCUGUUCCUCCAACAAGCACACCACAGGAUCUAGAGAUUCCACAACUCCCCCAUAUGGAGGCUGUCCAGCACCAUAACCAAUAUUCUAAGUAUGUCCCUCCAGCCCCCUUAUCCCACCAGAAUAGGCCUUCUCCUCCCUCUGGACCUCAACACCAUCACCCUAGUUCACCCAGCCACUAUUCCUACAUGUACCACUACACACACUCUCAGCCUGGUAGUCCCAGUAAGCAUACCUCUGGCUGUCUCACAUCCUCCUCUCUAUCAGCAAUACAGUGUCCCUGACCCCACUUUACAGCACUAUCAGAAGUAUGUAGCACCUCCAGCUCCUUCUAACCCUCCAAACAUCCAGCAUCACUACCCCCCAUACCAAUUCCACCAAUAACAGCCAAAUCCUAGGUUCCAUGCCCCAGCUCCUACCCACCUCUUGAAAAGAACCCUUCUCUAUCUCUAUGGUUUUCGGCACCCUGAACCUGAUGGACCCCCCCCAAAUUUCGACAUCUCCAUUCUUACCAUACCCAUGUGCCAAGAGAGAGGCCCACUGGCACCGCAGUCCACUGAUUGGAAAUGUGAGGUGACAACCCAAGACCAUGCCUGGGAAGAAGUUGACCCAAGACCAUGCCUGGGAAGAAGUUGACCCAAGACCAUGCCUGGGAAGAAGUCUGUUGACACCAGAUGUUGAAUUAUGGAAGUUUUGAAGGCCACGGUUUUCAAGGGAAGGUCUAUGGUCCAUCCACUAACCACAACCCCCACUCCAGUGAAUGGCUGUCGAUGAGGCCUCUGGUCCAGUGUAAUGACAACCUCAUGAUGCUCACUGCAUCUGGACGAGGAUACACACAUCUACUGGUGGAUAGAGCGGGCACCUCUCCCAUCUCCCUGUUCCAGCUGCCGCCGUCCUGUGGCUACCAUGUGAAGACUACCUGGAGAGAGAUGGUGAUGAUGGCACCAUACGAUGGCUGCUACAUCAUGCAGGAGCAUGGUAGUUAUGUCCUGCCCAUGCUGUGGUGGGGCAGCCCUGUGAAGAUAAUCUGCCCAGUCCCCCACCCUGACCCCCGACCCCACCCUGUCCACCCAAACUCUGUCCCCUCAGUACUCUGCUCCCACUUUGGCAUGGCCAUCCAGAUACAUGGAGAGGAGGAGGUCAUACACACCCUACAGGUCAUAGAGAACGGCGAGUGGGUGCCGUUUGUGUCUGAAGAGUGUGCCUACCAAGUGGAGUCUCACUCAGAAGACCUCAUAUUUUAUGUUCCCUUUACAGCCCCAUGUGUGAUCAUCCGGAAUGGAGUUCAUCGACUGGUCCUAUUGGACGGCCAGGACUUAAUCCUCUCCUGCCCCUCACACCACCCUCCUCCAUUUCCCUUCUUUCCCUCCCCUCCAUUUUCUCAACCCUUCUCUCCUGGUGACCCACAGCAGCAGAUACCUGACCCUGUGACUUUUGUUCCCUCCACCAGCCCUCCCCUUACCUCUCCUCCCAUCACCCCUUAUACUCAAACCCCAGCCCAUGAACAGAUGCCCCAACUUCCUGUGUUCCCCCACCACCUCCCUCAUGGCAUGUAUCCCCAAAUUCCCCAUUUCCCUUAUGGUGGAGCUGGUUAUCACCGUCUCCUCCACCCUGGUCACGAUCCAUACCCUGGCUCCCAUCAUCUUCUCCCAGGGAGAUACCCAGGCCAGCAGCCCUUCUUCCCCAUGGGGCCUGGGAAUCACCCCUACGGCUCUGGAGACCACAGUGACUCCUUUUACCUCUCCCCGCCCCCUACCCACGAUCCCAUGCUCGACUAUUAUAAUGAAAUUGCCCCUAGUGUCCACCGUUCUUCUGUUGUCUAUCCUACUCCUCUUAUAGCUAUCCGACCACCGCCUCCCGCCGCUUAUACCAAACCGCCUCCCGCCGCUUAUACCAAACCGCCUCCCGCCGCUUAUACCAAACCGCCUCCCGCCGCUUAUAAACCGCCUCCCGCGCUUAACCGCCUCCCCGCCUAUAAAACCGCCUCCCCGCGCUAUACCAAACCGCCUCCCGCCGUUAUACCAAACCGCCUCCCGCCGCUUAUACCAAACCGCCUCCCGCCGCUUAUACCAAAAACCGCCUCCCGCCGCUUAUACCAAACCGCCUCCCGCUUAUACCAAACCGCCUCCCGCCGCUUACACCAAACAUUCUCUUCCAUAUUAUACCGAACAACCUCCUCCUCUCGAUACUGA